UCUGAUACUGUGGGAAAUGUUUGAUUAGUGUUUGAGCGAAGUGAACAAUCGUAUAGUGUGGAAGCCUUGUCAACAUGGAAAAACAUAUGUAAUGGUGGAGGGUUUCUUUUACCACCUAGGGGGUUUAUUUUUAAGCCAAGAGUAAUUAAAAAAAAAAAAUGUAUUAGCGCGACAAAUGUCUGAAUAGGACUACAUCCUACCUAGCCUAACGGGUGCAUUGUGUGGUUGUAAUUAGGUAUGGUAUUUUAUACGACACAUAUAAAGAGGAACUUUUUGUAAAUAUGCCCCUUUUUUGCAUCAUUGUAUUUCCGAGUUUAUUUCUCAAGCCUUCUGCUGUUCAACUCCGAGGCGAAAAGCUCAGCUGUCGUGGAGUUCCUGAAGGCAGCAGCAGGCUGUCAGCUGUGGAGAGGGAAGGUGUGUUUAGUUGGAGUGGGGUUUCGGAAGCGCUGUAUCUCCUCACUCACGGGCGUGUUGCCUCGCCUAUUGUUAAAUCCAACUCGUGAAUUUACCCGUUCCCUCAUUUUAAUCGGAUACACGUUUGAAGGAAAAAGAAACGUUUAUGGUCCUGGCUGAAGAUUUCACGAUGUCUCGCACCGACGAGGUUCACCGCAUGACGGAAAAUGUCUAUAAGACUAUCAUGGAGCAGUUCAACCCCUGCUUACGGAACUUCGUUGCCAUGGGGAAGAACUAUGAGAAGGCCCUUGCCAAUGUCACGUUUGCGGCGAAAGGCUACUUUGAUGCUCUGGUGAGAAUGGGUGAACUGGCCAGUGAAAGUCAAGGAUCCAAAGAUUUAGGGGAUGUGCUGUUCCAGAUGGCUGAGGUCCACAGACAGAUCCAAGUGCAGCUAGAGGAGAUGUUGAAAUCCUUCCACAACGAGCUGCUCUCUGAGCUGGAGAAGAAGGUGGACCUGGAUUCUCGUUAUCUGACUGCUGCCCUGAAGAAAUACCAGUUGGAACACAAGAACAAAGGGGAAAGUCUGGAAAAGUGCCAGGCCGAACUGAAGAAGCUGCGCAGGAAGAGCCAGGGCAGCAAGAACCCCUCCAAGUAUGGAGAGAAGGAGAUGCAGUUUGUGGAGACCAUCAGCAGUAAGCAGACGGAGCUAGACACCUUCAUUGCUGAGGGAUACAAGACAGCCUUGUCUGAGGAGCGUCGCAGGUACUGCUUCCUGGUGGACCGCCAGUGUGCCGUGGCCAAGAACAGCAGCGCCUACCAUGGCAAGGGUAAAGACCUCCUGACCCAGAAGAUCCCAGUGUGGCAACAGGCUUGCUCAGACCCCAACAAGCUGCCAGAGAGGGCCAUGCUCUUGGCCCAGCAGAUGGGCUCUGCAGGCCUUGGGGGAGCAAGCCCCCUCCAUACUUCCAAAUCCAACUUGGUCAUCUCAGACCCUAUCCCCGGGGCCACGCCUCUUCCUGUGCCCCCAGAGCUGGCUGUUUUUAUGGGUAGUGGCCUAGGUCACCAAGCGAGGCUGAUGGGCCCCGAUGGUAUGUCCAUGGUAAAUGGGACAACAGGAGCCCAUGGGGAGGAAUAUUGGACUGACGGAGGGACUAUAUCCGUGUCCCAAGUCAGGCCGUCAUCUCCCCAGACCCAGGCACAGGGCCAGUCCCAGGCCCAGCCCCAGAGACAGGUCAGCGAUGUCUAUUCCAACACCCUUCCUGUCCGUAGGGCAGCCCCCACCAAGAAUAAGAACCCCGUGGGAGAGACACGGACUCUGCCCAGGUCCAGUUCCAUGGCAGCAGGCCUGGAAAAGAAUGGGCGCUCCCGUGUCCAGGCCAUCUUCUCCCACGCUGCAGGUGACAACGGCACCCUGCUCAGUUUCUCUGAGGGAGAUGUAAUCACCCUGCUAGUGCCUGAAGCCCGCGAUGGCUGGCACUAUGGAGAGAAUGAGAAGAACAAGAUGCGUGGCUGGUUUCCAUUCUCCUACACACGUGUGCUGCCUGAAAGUGACAGCGAGAAGCUCAAAGUGAACUUACACCAUGGGAAAAGUAGCAGCACAGGGAACUUGUUGGAGAGUGAUGCAUCGGUGCCCACACCUGACUAUGGCCUGACUGCCCGACUGCUGGCACAGAGCCUCGCUCAGACCCGCCCACGCCCCUACAGCAUGGCAGCCUUCGGCACACAGCCUGCAAUUGAGGACUAUGACGGGCCGCUUUGCCACAAGUUUGGGUCCAGAAUUGUCCCGAUUCUGAGGGAACAGGACCUCCUGAUCGUUCCCUGGAGGUCUACCUCCGGCCCACCUUCACUGAUGACCGAUCCGCACCCAUCUUCUACUAGCAGCCUGAUGCCCCCUUUUCUACUAAUGAGCCCUUUUUCUAAAGGGGAGAGGGAAAAUGGCCACCAUUGGUACAUUUGAGUUGAGUGUUUUAUCCCUAGAAGGCCAUGUAGUUUGUUACACUGCUAAGAGUUUAGUUUAUUUGCCGUAAAAAUGUGUUGGUUAAUUUCUGGCUUAUCAUAAUUAUUUUGCUAACUGUUCCACAUACAUUGAAUGUCUCAGCCUGAACAUCCAAUUGCAAGUGUGAGAGUAAAUGUAUUAUUUUUUUAGAUCAUGCCAGUUGUGGAUAAGGUAUGGCUUAUAGUUUUUUAACUAUUAAUGCAGUCACAUAAUUAUUUAUCUGCACUUCAACUAUGGGAUUUCUUUUACAUUAUACACUGUAAAUUUCACUUGAGGAUUAUUUGCAUGAAUGAACAGUUGCGGCAUACUCUGCAUUAGGUUUUGAAGUGGGGCCCGAGGGGAAAUAUGAUUGACAGUUUUUAGUGCAUAAUAUGCACUGAAGUGUUGAUUGAUUGGUUGCUGUCACAAAUAGCUAGACCUGGUCAGUUGUUAAUUAAACUAUAAUUCUUAUUUUGUUAAGUGAUAUAGUUCUAUAUAUUAACUAGUUGUGAUACAGUAAACCCAUAUUUUCAAUGUGGGAACUGUGCCUUCUAUCAUUCCUUUUAACAUUUGCUUCAUGCAGCAUUGACUAUCGUUAUAUAAAAUUGUUUGUAUUACAGUUUAACAUGUUUUUUAUAUAUAUUCCUCCAAAUAUAAACAGGAUUAUUUUCCUUGUUUGCUUUAUAUUGUCAGGACUUUUCUUUUUUGCCUAGUAAGCUCUAGUAAAGUGCAAGUUCACCAACAUCAUACAUGAGUAGCUUUGCUAUUCUUCCCUUCUCUUUAGAAAUGUACUAAUAUCUAAGCUGCCAGAUAGCCAGUGCAUACAUAAUGGGUCUUUUUUUAUAUUUAGCUUUGAGGGAGUGGUAGCUUAUCAGAUAAGGUACAGUAUUAUUGUAGCUUUUAAUUGUUCAUUCUCAGUAUUAUACACUCAUCUGGGAGAAAAGCUUAGAGCUGAGAUAUUUAUCCACAGUAUGAUCUUUGGGCAAAGAAAUGGAAGUGAAUGUGCCAGAAAGGCAAUAUUGUUCGUGAUUAUGUGAGUGAGCUAAAAUGCCUCUUAGGCUGCAAGAAAUCAACCUUUACAUCAUCAAAAGUCAAUUGUCCAUGGAUGAGUCCUUACACUGAGAGAUAUGAUCAGGCUUUUAUUAAACAGCUUAUUUGGGCCGCAAGUUUCAACUGCAUUUUUGUUUUUGUUGUACUUUUUAUAUAGCUUUCAUUGUUUUCAUUUCUUACUUUUGUCCCCAUUUGUAUUAUAUCUGUACUGUACAGAAAGUGCAUAUAAAUUAUCUUGUCCAAAAUAAAUCGGAAUGGGCAGAAACGUCA